CUUGGCUUUGGGUGUCUUCGAUCCUGAUUAAGUAAGAUCAUUCCGUGUCGAACAGUGCAGUGAAGUGGACAUACAAUUUUACGUAGUGAUUGCCGUUGAAAUAAUGAUGAAAAUCAGAACAAACAUCUUGCUGUUGGGCGUUGUGGCGCUUUGUGCAGUUACAAUUGCUUCACCGCUUGGUAAAGCGGCUGAUUCUUCCUCGGAAGAAUCGGGCGAAGCAGGCGAAUUCGUGAAAGAACUGCAGGAACUGUGCCGCAACAAUAGUGGAUCCGAUGCAGCUUUUCUUGAGUUGAUGGAGUCCUUCCAGAGUACGAUGAUGUGCACCGUAGCCGCCAUCGAUCUAGAAGGAUUAAUGUCAGAGGUGGAUGCACUCUCAAACGAGACCCGUACGACGUUCUUCCCUCGCUACUGCCCACAGCUGCGAACGGCAUACAAUUGUAUCGAUAAGUUGGUGAACGAUUUUCGGCCAUGUCUGGAGGAGGAUGACUUUACCAUCGUGAAGGCACUCGCCGGUAUACUGCCCGAUGCAGUGGAGCUGAUGUGCAAGAAUGAUGGCGAAAUUUUGUUCAAGUUUGAUGAGCCAAAGUACACGGAAUGCUUCGAAAAGGUUUCCGACAGUUUUGACGAGUGUCUUACCUUCCUGAACGGAACGGAUGAUUGGGAUAUCUCGAGCAUGACACGCGACCAGUGCAGCCAACUCUCCGGUUUCCGACAGUGUUUGCAAGAUAAGAUGAACAUCUGUAAGGCACCGGACCUAAUCAACGUGUACGACCUGUUCCACAAUACGCUGUUCCGCAUGACACCGUGCCGUAAUUACGUGGACAUUGAAAAAGUCAAGGAGAUUGAUAACAACGAACUCAACGAAGUCUAGUGCGGUAUGUGGAUCAUCAUGGGAUCUAUCUUGAACUCUCGUCUCGAUUUAGGUGGGCCUUUCUACGUUGUUAUACUGUAGUCUCAGUGCUUUCCAAUUGUAAUUGUGUUGUGCAAUAAAACAGCAUUAUCUUUACAAAAACACAAAACAAAAAAUUGCAUGAGAUUCGGUGAUGUAGUGCGCAAAUAGUAGCGGCUAAAGAUUAUCAGCAUCACCUUUGACCGUGACCCUCAUCUUGAAAUGGGUAAUAUGUGUGCCAAUGUCAGUUCAGUCAAAUGAUUGCGUGUUUGUGUGAAAUGUUGGUAUUGUUUUUGAAUGAAGCACGAUAAUGUGAUUUAAUCAAUACUUUCCUACGUAAUGAAGGUCGUGACAUCUGCUGAAUAGAAGUGAUUUGAAAUGUUUUUGUUACUGCAAAAUGUUUUUAUUGUGUUGUUAUAAUAAUAUGUUGCUUAUCUCGAUUUAAUUUAA